CCUCAUUCACACGGCACGACUGUUGCAGUCCAGACGCGAAAUAUGUAACAGAUAAAGUGCUACGAUAAAUAAAUAACGAUAAUAAUCACACGUGGAAAAUAAACGUUUUUUUUAUUAAAAUAACGAUAAGUGUGUGUAAAUAACGAUUUCUUUCCGAUUUUUGUAGUGCAUAAGUGAAACAAAAUGAUGGAAUUGACUACAGCCAAAGCGAUAUCCAUGCUGACGCUUGGAUUAGGAAGUUUCAUAGCUGGUAUGAUACCAGCUUGUAUCUCAGAAGGGACUAGACAAAGACAUCCUCUGUUUAUAUCCUGCCUACUCUGUUUCGGCGGUGGCGUACUAUUUUCUACGUCCAUUACGCACAUGCUGCCUGAAGCUCGUAUAAACUUGCCUAACUAUGCAGAAGUGACUUUCUGCGUUGGAUUUUUCUUGGUUUACUUGGUUGAUGAAAUUGUGCAUUUAUUCUAUGGACCGGGGAAUGAUCCUCACAGGCAGACGUAUGGGAGUAAUGAAGGUACCAGUCUUUUAGGUCAUGAGAGGAGUGGAAGACUGGACAAUGAGAUGGUAGAGCAUUGUUGUGGCGACACGGGCAAUCCUAGGAUGUGCCAUGUUAGUCACACAGCCCCUUGUAAUAAGAGCUCUUCAGGAGUUAUAGGGAUGUUGUGCGCAUUAUUUGUGCAUAGCGUUCUGGAGGGAUUAGCGAUUGGACUGCAAGAGAAUACUUCUCAGGUGCUCCUUCUGCUAGCGGCAGUAGCGUCCCACAAGUUCGUAGUAGGCUUCUGUCUCGGUGCGGAGUUGUGUGCGAGCGCUCCGGGGCGUGUGUGUGCGCACAUCGUGUGUGUGGUGCUGUUUAGUGGCGGGUCAGUGGUCGGGAUCGGUAUAGGCACAGGAUUAGAGGCAGUCAAUUCAGUGAAGGACUCGUUUGCUAUACCUAUUAUGCAAGUAAGUAAUAAACAAGUAAAAUAAUUUUAGCGCGUUCGUGUUUAAGUGUAGAAAUCACGACCU